AAUCGCGUUCUAAAAUAGACAGUCGAGUUCUGAGUGUUUAAUAAAUCUAGAGAAGUGUGCAAAUUUUCCUUCAAAAUGUUUUUGUAUUCCCAUAAACUAGGCUUCACAAUGCUGUGGGGAGUCCUUAUUUAUAUAAUCCCAAUGGAUUGCGAGGCCAGAAGCGUGGAGGGCACUUCUAAAAAUAAUAUUGAUAAUCAUAGCCCGACCAAAAAUUCUACGACUGACUUUCUGCAGAGCUACUCGGAUCGGAUGAAAUCCUACAUGAACUUAAGUGUGGCGCCCUGUGACAAUUUCUACGAGUACGCCUGCGGAAACUAUGCCAACGUAAGGCCGGAUCGCUACUACUUUGGACGGCGGGGCACAUUUUCAGAGGUCGUCUACACACUAACCGACAUCACGGAGCAGCUGUUGGGCAGGACGGAUUUGGCCGAAUCGCUUAAUGUGUCCAGCGAGCUGAUGGUCGCCCAGCGGUUCUUCAACGCUUGUCUGGGGGCAGAGCUCCACCCCUUCAAUGCUGCAGAUCCUGCUUACUUGAGUCUUAUUCGAUCGAUCGGAGGAUUCCCUGCCGUCGAUGGCGAAGCCUGGAAUGCCUCGAACUUCAGCUGGUUCAACAUGAGCGCUCAUCUGACCAACUAUGGAGCAAAUGGAUUGAUCUCGGAGGCAGUCUCUCCAUUGUAUCCCUUUGAGCCCUACUUCAAAGUGCCGGAUCUGGGAUUCGAUCACGUCGUUAAAGAGGACAACACCGCCAACAAUACUUCCCGAGCAUAUCAGCUGAACGAGGAACGAAUGCGAGGAUAUCUAAGCGCAUUCAAAUUACCCGAGGAUAAAAUUAAGGAAGUGAUCGCCGGGGUCUUUGCCUUCUGGCGGGAUGCUCUCCAAGUGCCCGAUCAGUGCAUGGUUUACUCUAGUAGUAAUGAUUCUGAGGUUCUAUUUCCCCAGUGGAGGAACUUCUAUGACAUCUCGUGGGGAGGGCUCCACGUUAAUAGCAACAUGCUUUGCGACUUCUACAACACGGAGCUGGACAGGGUGUGCGCCCGUCAUCCUGAGGCAGUGGCCAACUAUCUGGCCAUGCAGCUGCUCUACUAAUUCGACGCCAAGCUGAAGGCGCCCAAGUACCAAAGGGAUUAUUGCGCGUUAACGCUGCAUAUCUCCAUGGUCUAUCUUUUCAACAAACUCUACAUGACGGAGCACUUCACUGAGGACAAAAGGCUGGAAGUGUCUGAAAUUGUGAAGGAAGUGCGGAAGAGUCUUCAAAGGUCCCUUCAGGAAGCAGAGUGGCUGGACGCAAAGACUCGAGAGGAGGCCCUGCUCAAGGAGUCCGCCAUUCAGGCCCGCGUAGGCGCGUUCAAGAAUGACGCUCUAACAGAUCGUCUUAUCCGGGAGAUCAACAGACUGAAAAUCGACGAGGACAGCUACGCGACGAUCAACAUAAACCUGCGGCGCCUCACUGCCGACAUCACUCGCUUCAGCGGUCGCCACUUUGAUGAGUUGGGAAACGAUACCAAGCCUCAGAAGCUUCAUUUGGGGAUGCAGGUGUCGGCGAUUUAUUACAUGCUGGACAACUCCAUCAACGUGAUGGCUGGAUCGCUGGAACCACCAAUUUACCACCGCUCCUGGCCGCUCCCACUUAAAUUCGGCACCUUGGGCUUCACUGUGGGCCACGAACUCACACACGGCUUCGACGUCACCAGCUCCGAUUUCGACAGCAAGGGAGAAAUUCGCUCCUGGUGGUCAGAAACUUCUCGACAGGCUUUUGAGGAUCGCGCCGAGUGCUAUAUGGACCACUACGGAGAGUAUUUGAUACCGGAGAUCAACCGCCAUGUCAAUGGAAAAACGACAUUAGACGAGAACAUCGCCGACAAUGGCGGAUUGAGGCAAGCUUUGGUAGCCUACCGCAACCACAUGAAACAAGAACUACAGCACCCUGGAAAGGAGAAGAUCAGCGAAGAUCAGCGCAUGCCGGGACUCGACCUGACGCCGGAACAGCUUUUUUUCCUGGGCUUUUCCCAGGUAUUCUGCUCCGAGUACAGUGAGGAGGAGUACUGGAAAGAACUGAGCGAUGAGCACACAAUGAACAAGUACCGGGUCCUAGGUGUCUUAUCCAACAGCGAGGACUUCUUCCAGGCAUACGACUGCCCCAUUGGAAGUGGAAUGCGCCCUGCGUCCGGAACAUGCCGCCUUUGGUAGACUAUUAAACUACAACUGAAACUACUAACCAAACUGUUGAAACAUUUAAAAGAAUACACACUACAUGCGUCUGCAUACUUAUAAAUAAUAAAGUAGUACCAUUGUAAUAGG